GUAACGCCGAACGGCUAUGCGUUGAGGCGCGUCACUAAACGCACCCGCCGCAAACCAGUUCCGCUAUUCAUCAUGGUAUCCGCUUUUCUCAUAGAUGCUAUCAACGAUCCUACAAAAGUAGUCCAAGAACUCUAUGAAGAGCACACCGGGGAUAUCGAUCAGUUCCCCACUGUCGUCGCUCGCCAUUUUUCGGAUGUCUUUCUACAUUCCGAUGAUACGCUUCGCGAGGUCCUUCCGUUGGAUGUGAACCAUCCCCCCGAAUCAUUCGCACAUAGAUCUUUGGUACGAUUUCAUGCCAUGGUACAGGACACUUCGUCUUCACCGGAGAUGUAUCUCGCGAGUUUGAACAAAAAUAAAUGUGGUGGUUGGGGGAUCUCGCAGAAUAUGCCUGCUAGUGAAUGGCCUUCGAGUUUUGAUUACUGUGACCUUAAAGAGGCUACUGCUUUAUGGGCUGUCACGGUGCCAGGACAGACAGAUUGGAGAACAGAAGAGUUGACUGCCCGAUCACAUUGUGGUAGCUCUUCAAGUCAAAGCCCACCUCAGCCUCAUAAGUAUCCCGUGCCAAAUGCCCCCCAUAUCGGCGUCCAAGUCAAGAUUUAUGACAACGAGGCCGCUCAGUCACUCAAAGCUACUGACAUUGUCACGUUUAUUGGAAUUUUGACGUCCGAGUCUCUAGAUUCGGAAGCUGUUUCUUCUCCGAUGGUCCCAUCACUUCAUGUUCUGUGCCAUAAAGUGCAAUCUAUAGAUGAUGCGUCGCCUACGGAAGAGUUAGCGACUGUCCGAGAUGAUCUCAUCAAAUGGAUUUCUGACGAGGCCCUUGGAGGCGAUGAAGUCGCAGCACAGUGGCUUGUUCUCGAGCUUUCUGCAAAAGUGUCAGUUUUUUCCUUAUCUAUCAAACGAAUUCGUCUCAUACCAGAUACAGCUACACUCGAGCCACACCCCUCCUACCUCCGUCUCUCACUUUGUCACGUUUUUCUUCACCCACACCAUCAUCACCCUGCACUACCUACUCUUCACCAUGUGCUUUCUGAUUUGCUACCACAGUAUCUUACCGUGCCCCUCUCCCUGGAUCUUCUUAACAAGGAAUCCUUUAGUCCUGAAAGCAAGGAUGAGGAUUUGCACUCGGGCUAUCUGCAGGUUCCUCAAGGUACUACCUUAUUGCUAACAGAGAAUGGCGUGCAAGAGGGCAAGCUUGUAGAAAAAGGCAUCAUGAACAUCAGGGCUGUCCAGGAAGUCAUGGAUGCUCAGACGCUCGAGUACUCCUUCCCAUUCAGUAAAUUCUCAUUUCCGACAGACAUAGUUACGAUUGUGCUAUGUGAUGGGCGGAAAAGUGCCUUCUUCCAGACGGGAUUCAUCGUACCUCUGAAAACGAAACCCUCGCUCAAGGACAAUCUGUAUAAACCGAGAGACCAGAUAAGGACACCCGAUACCGUAAAGCUGGCGACAUACCGUUCUUUCCUGGCGGCUGCAAAACGGUGUUUUGGAUCUGUUCAAGUCGCAGAGGAGACGUCGCGGCACAUUCAAGAAGACUUUGUGCGUCAACGCCAAGAAGACCCAUCUAUAACAGCGGACGAUCUCAUUCACUUGAUGAAGGUAGCAAGAUUGCUAGCGGCGUCUAUGCUUGGGCGGGAAGUCACCGUUGACAUAUGGGAAACGUCGAAGAAGCUGGAUGCUAGUCGAAGGAAGAGAUUGCCAUGAUCCAACUCCCCUUCGUUGAUUCUAUCUGGUCACAGCAUUAGCCGUGAAUAUCAACAUCAUUCGUACUUAAGAUCCCAGCAAUACUAGCGGUUCCCGCAGACAUCUGGACAUAAGUGGUUGCAGAGCAUCUUAUCCGAAUUGCUCGAUACAGGUGGGAAUUAUUGAUGAUGCCUGCACGCGCUAGAAUAGCCUAUCUGGGAGACAAGAAUUGUCGUCCUAGUCCAUCUUGCGGAUCCACUGCCAAGCCAUGUCAUUACACU